AUGAGCCCCACAUCGCCGCGGCAGCCCGGCGCCGGCGCCGGCGGGGCGCGGCACGCCGCCGCGUUCAAGGUCCACAGGGACUCCCACAGCAUACACAAGGCCACCUCGCCGCCCUCCUCGUCCUCCACCAACUCCUCCGUGUCGUCGUCCUCCAACGCCGUCGCCAUCACCAGCAGCAGCCACCGGCCGGCCCCGGCCCAGGCGCCCAGGCAGAGGCCGCCGCAGCCGCAGCAGCCGGUGAUCAUCUACACGCACUCGCCCAAGGUCAUCCGCACCAACCCGCGCGACUUCAUGUCCAUCGUGCAGAAGCUCACCGGCCUCGACAGCCCCGGCCCCGCCCGCGGCGCGCCCCUGGCGGCGGGCGCCAACGCGGGCCCGGCCGCCGCCGCCGCGCAGGACGAGUCGUCGUCCUCCUCGUCCGAGAGCUGCGCCAACGCCCACGCCGCGGGGCCGCCGCCGCCUCCCUACGCGGACUCGCAGCUGAUGCCCCAGCCGGCCCCGCCGCUGGACGCGCACUUCAUGGCGCCCGACAUCCCGCUGUUCGCGCCCGACGCGUCGGGCCUGCACCAGCUCUGCGCGCCGAGGGGGUUCUACGGCCAGUUCCCGCCGGUCGACGCCGCGGCGCUCGGCCCGGUGAUGGCGGCGGGCGUGAACAGCGCCGCCGGCAACGGUGGGGCCGUGUUCUCCCCGUCCAUGGUGGAGGCGAUGCGGACGUUUCCGGACUAUAAUUAG